GUAAAUUGAAACGAGACAAGACGUACACAAUCGGCUGUAUUAGAAAUAAUUAUGUAUAUAUAGCACUAAACUGAACAUCGUACGACAAAAAAAAAUUCACGUGGUGGGGGACAAGAAUAACGAUUUACGAUCUCGACAUAAUAGAAUAUUAUUAUUCUCGUCCCGUCGCCUUGAUGGCCUAUCGGCGAUCACUCAAUCACUGAUAUAAUAUCCACUGACGAGUGACGACUGCGCUGGUGAGAGCUGACAAGUGCGACGCGUCGUCUCGAAUCUAUCGAAUAUUGUUCCCUAAGUUUUUGUAUUUUUGUCUACACUCUACACACGUCCGGCGGAUUUCUGAUACUAUACUUGCCUACCUAAAAAAUUUCAAUAUGGAUUCUUUAAUUAUGGUUAUGAACAAACUACAAGAUGUUUUUUCAACUAUUGGUUCAAAACAAAAAGUUGACCUUCCACAGAUCAUUGUGGUAGGCUCACAAAGCUCUGGAAAGAGUAGUGUCCUAGAAAGUUUGGUGGGCAAAUCAUUUUUGCCAAGAGGUACUGGUAUAGUGACACGAGCUCCUUUAGUCUUGCAUCUAAUACAGCCAACGGAAUAUGAAAUUGGGAAUGGUGAUUCCAAAAAAUCAAAAGAUUAUGCCACAUUUCUGCAUAAACCAGGUGUUAUUUAUAAUGAUUUUAAUAAAGUUAGAAAAGAAAUUGAAAUUCGAACAGAAGAACUUACUGGAGGCCAGAAGAAUAUUACUGAUUCACCUAUUGUGUUAAACAUUUAUUGUAAACUAUUUUAUAAUUUGAGUUUUGUCGAUCUUCCAGGGCUUACUAAAGUGCCUGUUGGUGGCCAACCCAAAGACAUAGAACAGAAAAUAAGGGAUUUAGUAUUAAGUUUUAUUAAAAACCCAAAUUCAAUAAUAUUGGCUGUAGUUACAGCAAAUACUGACCCAGCCACUAGUGAGAGCUUGCAUAUUGCAAAAUCUGUAGACCCAAGUGGUGAUCGUACAAUAGCAGUUGUUACUAAAAUAGAUAUAAUGGACGCUGGAACUGACGCUACAGAGUUACUUUCUGGAGAAGUUAUUCCAGUUAAACUUGGAAUAAUCGGUGUCAUAAAUCGUUCGCAAAAAGAUAUAAACGACCAAAAAACUAUUGAAAAUUCACUUAAGGACGAAAAUACAUUUUUUGAUAAAUUUUAUCCCGAUAUAGCACAAAACCAUGGCUCGGUUGUAUUAGGAAAGCAACUUGAGUUCCUCUUGAUAGAAAAAAUAAAAGAAACCUGUCCAAAACUAAAAGCCCAACUAUAUGAAAUGAACAAUAAGUACGAACAUGAAGUGAAGAAAUAUAAAGAAUUUACUGAAAACUAUGAUAGGUCAUUGCUUGAUUUGAUCACCCAGACUGCAACUAGUUACAAAGCUGGCUUGGAUGGCCGAGCUGAUUUAAGUUAUAAAGGCCUUAAUGGAGGUGCUACUAUUGCAAAAUAUUUCAAAACCAAUUUUAAUAAAGAUAUUGAUGAAAUUGAUCCACUUCAAGGCUUAUCUCCUGACAUUAUUAUUAAUGUUAUCAAUAAUGCAUCUGGAACAAGCAUGGGCGUUUUUAUGCCAACUGAUGCAUUUGAUCAUUUGGUAAAGAAACAAAUACAAUUGUUAGAAGCUCCAUCAUUAGCAUGUGUCACUUCUGUACACGAUGAGUUAACAGCAAAUAUACACAAACUUGAUGAUGGCGUUAGUUACCAGUUAAAAAAAUAUCCAAAACUUUUUGAAAAAGUUAAUGAAAUAUUAUUAGAAUCAUUGGCUAAGUACAAGCUAAAGACAUCAGAAGCAGUUAGUAAAUUAAUUGAAUACCAGAAGUCAUAUGUGAAUACCGAUCACGUUGACUUUAUUGAAUCUAUAACAAAAUCCAAUGAAUAUCAUGAACUUUUUGAGAAACCAGUCAAAUUUGACAAGUUAGGCAAAUUUGAGGAACAAGGGUUUGCCGAAUUACCAAACUACUACAAUAGUCAAGAAGAGUUGGUCUCACAUAAUGAAAUUAAAUCAUGGCCGAAGAACAUAACACUAAAAAUGCGCAAAACAGUUGAGAAAAUAACAACAUGUGCUUUUAGUGGUUUUCCUGAUUCUGAUAAACUUAUAUUAGAAAGUAGAGCUGGUUUACUCACAUUAUUUAUAAAAUGUUACUUUAUGGUUAUUAAAAAAAUAAUUCAAGAUACGGUUCCCAAGACAAUUAUGUACGAAAUGGUAAACAAGAUAAAAGAUAACUUUCAGAAAGAUUUAAUCUCCAAAGUGUACAAAUCAAGUAAUCUCAAUAUGGCUGAAUUGUUACUUGAAUCCAAAGAUAUUGAAGACGAACGAAUAAAAGCACUUAAUCGUUAUGACGCAUCUACGAAAGCAUUAAAGCACAUGAGAGAAAUAGAACAAAUUUGUCUUGAAAAUGAGUCAUAAAUCAUUUGACUCAUAAAUAUUUUAUUAAUAUGUUUUUUUUUUUUUUACUUACACCAUACAAGUACGUUCAAAAUGUGUUCAUUAAUUAUUAAUAAACUCAAUUUAAAAUAUAAACUAAUUUGAUACAUUCAUAAAAAUGUAUAAUUGCUGUAUAUUUUUGAGGGUUUUUUGGACUUAAUAGUUUAUCUAUAAUAUGAACGUAUUGAACGUAGAACUGAUAUUUAAAAAAAAUUGUUAAAAUACCACUAUUUAAAUGUAGCUACUAAGUUAUUAUAAUAGUAGGUACAAUUUAUUAAUGAAUACACAUUAUAAUAUUAUAUUAUGGUAUAAAUAAUUUACUUGUUAAAUGUUAGCUAGCCGUAGUGUUGUAAGUAAUAUUAUAAUAUUAUGUUUUAAUUUUACUUGACUAAAAUUUAAUUUCAAAAAUUAAAAUUUACAAUAACCAUCUAAAUCUUAAAUAAACAAAGCAUUUUCAUAUUGAUCAUUAUUAUAAUAUAAGUUACUUUAUUUUGUUACCAUUGUGAUUAAUAAUCAAAUAAUAGGUUGACAUUAAUUAUGCAUUUAU